AUGGGCAAUUGUAUCUCGAAGUCAGACGGCCAUCGCGGUCGUAACUCAGGCUUCCACCCGUUCCCAGUUGAUAAUGACACAAAUGCCAUCCCUCUUACGCCUCUUCGGAGUGUGUACAAGGCUGAAAGGCCAUUAAUUCAAGCUCCGUUCGACGAUGAGAUGUCGCCUAAUCGAGUCGUCGGUCUGUCUAUCGGCGGCGGCAGCAACAGCGUCGCCACAGUACCACCUCCAGUCUACCUCCCAUCUGGUAGACUUCGUGACAUCCCAACCGAAGACAACAGUCCCUAUGCGAAUGGCCAGGCCAGCACAAGCGCCUCGGGAAGUGGCGGCUUUCUAACAUCUUCCAACGUCGGUCGUCGAGCUCAUAAAGGUCGUUCGAAGCUGUCCAGCUUUGCCAAGAUUUUCGAUGCCGACGACUAUGACACCCCAUACUACGAGGCCCAGGAAGAAAUCGCCCUCCUGCAGUCCAUAGCCACCACAGGAAUGUCACCUCCCAAGAAGCCGUUGUUCAGCUUCCCGCGUUCCUUUACAGCGACGAAUCUCGGCAGUUCACGUUCGAGCAACCAUUUAUUUCCCCGUUCAGUUACUACGGGCGACAUCAACAAGCCGCUUCCAGAUAUCCCAGAUCCCGACCCGCUCCACGCGUACAUGGUACGGAAUAGGAUCCACGUAGACUGGGCGUGGGAUAUAUGGGAAAAAAACGACAAGAAGCUCGCAGAUCAACAGCGAGAUAGAAUAAGCAUGAAAAACAAAGGCAAGGCCAAAGAGAGGUCGGUGCCCUUGCCUCUACCGCCGCCGCCGCCACCGCCACGGAGCCAGAAACUGAGCAAGUGCAAGUCCAUGCCAGAGCUAGCCGUCGUCCCUUUUGAGGAUGACCUGGUAAAUGUUCCGUUCAUUAAUGAGAAGGACUUCUCGAUCUGUAAGACGCCCUCGCCGAAGGCUGGACCAUCCAAGGAGUACAUCGAGUCCAUUCGGGCCAUCAGUUCUCAAGGAUCCCCCCAGGGCCUACAAUUUCGAGGCCCAUUCACACCUCGGAGCCCAUACGGAUACGGCGGCCCGUACGGUCAUGGCGGCCCAGCUGGCCCAUCUAGCCCGCGCCAUCCACGCCAGCCCAUUCCAAUCCGCGGCGGCCCUCAUGCCUUGCCGAACCCCUUCGGUCACGAUGGCACUAUUGACACGAACCGUCGUCAGCGAGAUCCGCAAGGUCCGCAAGGAUCCCGUUCCAUGUCUGGAAUGCACCGCCCCGCCAAUCCCAGCAGACGCGGCGGAUCCCACCAACGCCGCGGUUCACGUGGAAUUGACCGCCCCGGCCCUCGAAGCCACAGACGCCGCUUCUCCCGCAGCGGCGCGUUCGGCGGCCACCACCGCCGCAGCAGCAGCAGCUCCUCCACCGCCGAGUCCGGCGCCCGCCGCGGCAGAUCCUCCCACAAGCCCACCCGCCUCUCCGUCGUGCUAGAGUCGCGCCUCUCUCGCCUCGACAUCGAGGGCAUGCUCUCCGGCAAGGGCAAAGCCACCGAGGAGGAGGAGGAGGAAGAAGAAGAAGUUAACCCGAGACACGCGAUGGCGCGCUCCAUCAUCCAAACCAAGGUCCGCGAGCUCGUCGGCAGCGAGAAGGAGGCCGCGGCCAUCACGGCCGUGAUCCUGUCGAUGGACGACGCGGUCAUCGACGCGUGCGUGCGUGAUCGUGGGGGGUGCGAGUAUAUCUGCGACAAGAUCCGCGAGGGCAAGCGGGGAGUUUUGGAAGAGGGGGAUGUUAUGAUUGAGGAAGAGGAGGAGGAGGAGGAGGAGAGUGAGGAGAGCAAGGUUGUUGCGCUUAUGGAGAAGUUUGUUAUUGGGGAUGAGGAAGAUGAGCAGGAGGAGGAUGAUGGAAUGUACGAGGGUGAGGGAAAGGGAAUUGCUCUGUAA